AUGAAUUUACAAACAUUGUUUCAGGACUUCAAUCCUAGCAAAUUCGUAGUACACACUUGUUUACUCAUAUUUACUGCGUUAUUGGCUUUAAAAUUGGAUAAUACAAUCACCUGGUCAUACUGGGCUGUAUUUACGCCAAUAUGGGUAUGGAAAUUUUUAGUUGUUCUUGGUGCUAUGGUUGGCACGUAUGUAUGGUGGCAGUACCCUCACUUCAGAUUAGAAGGUGAAGCUUACAUACACUACAAAGCUAUGUUGAUAAGCCUUGCCAUUCACUUAAUAUUGCUUAUGUUUGAGUUACUUGUGUGUGACCAGUUGAGCACAGGACGCCAUCUAUGGAUACUAGUCUUCAUUCCUUUAAUUUUUAUUAGCAUUGUAUCGAUUGCUAUCUGUAUAUGGUCUGUAAAACAUGACCGCAGUUAUGAGUUGGAAUUAUUUUGUGCUGUUAAUAUUCUGCAGUUUAUAUUCUUAGCAUUGAAGUUGGAUACUUUUAUUCACUGGUCAUGGGAGGUUGUUUUUGUGCCACUUUGGAUACUGAUGUGUCUCAGCCUAGUAGGGGUAUUGUACAGUAUUAUAUUCGCUGGAAUAUUAUUACGGACCCCAGAGGUCAACAUGCAACAGCGACGGACAAGUUUCAACACCGCGCUAGCCUAUACUUUCACAGUAAUACCGAUACUGGUGUUCCAGGUACUGCUUACGAACAAACUGGAUGACGGGUUGGCUCUUACUUACAUUGUGGUCGUAAGCCCACUCUUUGUAAGCUAUGGUACUCUCAUUAUUAUGUCGUUCAGCUCGAAAGGGGGAAAUAAAUGGUGGUUUGGCAUAAGGAAAGAUUUCUGCCAGUUUCUUCUAUCAGUUUUCCCGCUUUUACAAGAGUACGCUAACAUUGCUUACAAUAACAACGUCAAUAGAGGCUCGAAUGCCAUGGCCAAUGAGCCGCCAGUCAACCAAGAACCUUACCGGGACGAGGAAACUCACAAGAAAGUAAAAGAAAAGAAGUCACAGAAAAAUCAAAAGAAAAACGAGACUAUGAAACCAGUAGUGCCUGUGACUAGUAUAGAUAUGCCGGAUUGA